AUGACGGUCGGUAUUGUUACACUAUUGUAUGCUGCUGAGUAUUUGCCAGGUGUUUUCACCUUAGGAUAUCGUGUUAAAAGUUUGAUGUCAUGUUUUGAUACUGAUUACAGGUUAGUAUUAUUGAUAACUCCGAAUGUUCUCAGAGAGGCUUCUGAUAAGAUUAGGCAUGUUCUUGAGGAGCUUUAUGAGGAUAUUGUGGAGAUAGACAAUCGAGAGGUAAGCAGUAAGAGUGUUUUAACUAGGAAUAGGGUCAAUUUGGAACUGUUGGACAGACCAGAGUUGGCGCACACAUUUCAUAAGUUACAACUCUGGAAGUUGACUCAAUUUGAGAAGGUGCUUUAUCUUGAUAGUGACGUUUACCCUUUGCGAACCUCCUUCUAUGAAGCCAUCUAUCAUGUUACUGGACAGACUGAGACGCAGUUACUUGCAGCUCCUGACUGCGGGUGGCCGGACUUGUUUAAUAGUGGUGUUAUGGUCCUAGUACCCAGUAUGAAAAAAUACGAAGAAUUGCUUCAGCAUUUAGAUACUGCAUUGUCAAUCGAUGGGGCAGACCAAGGCCUUUUGAACUUGUUUUUCAACGAGUCAUGCCAUCAGAAUACGUUAGAAAACGAAUGGGUAAGGUUGCCCUAUUUGUACAACGUUACCGUGCCAACCGUGGGUUAUCAGGCGACUCCAGCAGUUAGGUUCUUCGAAAAUAAGGUAUCUAUGGUACACUUCAUUGGAAAUAAUAAACCCUGGGUUAACAGAGGCCAAGGUGAUACUUACAAGGACCAGUGGUGGAGCACCUAUAAUGAGUUCCUAGACAAACAUUUCCAUGAAUUUUAUCAUUCCACAGAAAAUUUGGAGCAACAGCUAACUUGCGUUUCCCUUACUGGCACACCUGCAUCCGAACUCCACAAUUCCCACACUUGGGAUGCCACCAAGGGUCCGCCUCUCGAGAAUGCCACGCCUGAAGCAUAUCUGUUGAAUUUAACGGAGUCCUAUAACUGGAAUGCCGCAUCACCCGUAUUACUGCCUGAUGAUAACUACCUGCCUAUCCCUGCUCCGUCGGUUAUUUGUGAUACAACACCUCGCCGGGUAACGGAGCCUGGUAAGCUAGAUGAACCUUUUGUUUUCAAACGGCCCCCUGUCCAUAAUCUAGCACAACCGCUUCAGAAAGAUUUACAGGCUUCUCCUACCGUAAUAACCAAUACCUGUCAAAAACAGCCCUCCCCUGUCUCAACCACAUCUCCUGAAGCAUUGAAAUUAGUAUUCCCGUGGGAGUCAUAUAAAACUACCCCUACUAGGGUUUUCCCCGAGUAG